UCCCCCCUCUCUUCUCAGGCUUUGCACAAUGGGCCCUAGCAAACCCCUCCACGUGAACACCCCACUUCGGGAGAGCAGGCCGCUCUCUCAGGUGGCCGGCACGAAGGUCUACCUGAAGCUCGACAGUGCCCAACCCACUGGCUCCUUCAAGAUACGAGGCAUCGGGCACUUCUGCAAAACGUGGGCAGAACGUGGCUGUAAGGGUUUUGUCAGCUCCUCAGGGGGAAAUGCUGGGCUGGCAGUGGCUUACUCGGCCAGGAUGUUGGGCGUCCCAGCAACCAUCUAUGUGCCCACGUCGACGCCAGCUUUCACCAUCAACCGUCUGAAAGACGAAGGAAGCAAAGUGUGUGUUGAGGGAGAGAUGCUGGCUGAAAGCACAAAAGCAGCCAAAGAGCUGGUCAAGAACAACCCAGAAUGGGUCUACGUGUCUCCAUUUGAUGACCCGCUCAUCUGGUAUGGGAGCUCUGAGCAAAGGAGGAUAGAGAAAAUUCCAUUUAUAACAAGGAUUUUUUUAAAAUAUACCAAUAUAUUUCUAUUGUGCCCUUGA